GCAUCGACACUAAAAAAACUCAUUCAACUAGCUCUUCCUUCUUCUUUUGAAGAGGCACUAGGUCUAACUCAACUCAUUCUUGCUUAUUCUCUUAUGAGAGAGAGCUUUCCUCAUUUUUUUGGUUGUUCUUCACAUCUUGAGAAACAAAUUUGGGCGGUUAAGUCUAAAAAAAGAUUGGAAGAAAUUACGA